GGCGGGGAGAAGUGGUUUGUUUGCUUUCUCAGGGUGUCAGAAAGUUGCACAAGCAACAUACAGGAUUUUACAACACAGCCGUUUCGACGUCACGUUUUUUUCUUCCUGUGUCCUUUCACCUUUCACCGGAGAACGAGGACCUUUGUUCACGGCACCAGGCCACACACACACCACCUCCGAACCACGCUGGUCCCUCACCUAAUGCAUCACGCUCGUCUUCUUUUUCGGAUAACAUUAGGCUAAAUGAGCGCCUUUUGGGCUCUCCGGUCAGCGGUGUGAUUUUACCGGUAUGUAAAUUUGUGGAGCGCUUAAAAAAAAAACCCCGAAGUUCGCCACGGUGGUCAGGGCAUCGCAUUGGCCGUGAAUCAUUCCCACACAACACGCUGUUGGGCCAUGGAGCUGAGCUCCGUCCUUCUCACCACCGGGGGAGCCUAUGGAUUCUUCCGCCUGGUCAACACCGGAGUGGGCAGGCUGCCAGUGCCAGCAAGUGCCUACAAGAAUGCAACCAAAUGGAGAAACAUCUCAACGUCCUUCGUGCACAGUCUUGUCACGGCUAUAUGGGCAGUGCUUUGCUUUAUCCUUCACCCACACAUGGCGGAAGAUUUGAUAGAAACACAUUCAGUGUUUUCUCAUUCAUUGGUGUCAUUUUCAAUCGGUUAUUUCAUCUAUGACCUCUUUGACAUGGUGAAGUACCAGAAGAUGGGUCAGUCCUGGGAGCUUGGCUUGCAUCAUGUUGUAGUGAUCACCUGUUUUGGCCUGUCGGUCGUGACUCACCGCUACAUUGGCUUCGCCGUGGUGGCCCUGUUGGUGGAGAUCAACUCUGUGUUCCUUCACCUCAGACAGAUUCUGCGUAUGGCCAACCUGCCCGCGUGCACCGCCUACCGUGUCAACAGCAUGAUCAACCUGGGCACCUACGUGGUGUUCCGCAUCAACACCCUGGCCUGGAUGACCCGCUGGCUGGUACUCAAUAGGGACAAGGUGCCCCUCCUGUCCUACACAUUGGGCAGCGUGGGCUUGGCCAUCAUGACGGCCAUGAAUAUCGUCCUGUUCUACCGCCUGCUCAGGACCGACUUCUUGAAGGGUAGUACCCGAGAGGCAAAGAAGGAGAAAGAAACAUAAGGAGAAGAAGAUCAUUUUUGCCCCCCCCCCCCCCCUGUGGGUUGGAUAUGGCACAUUUUGUUUUUUUGCCCACCUAAUGCAACAUCUGCUCUACUAAUACUAUCUAUCUUUCUAUCUUUAAGGGUGUGUGGAGCCCACACACACCUCUCAUUUCCGUUUCUGUAUAUCCUGUGAUAUUGCGCAAAUGGUUGAAUUCAUUCAUCAAAUCUAAAUAAUAAUAAUACAAAGGUGAUUUUUGUGUCUUAAAAAAAAAAACACAGUUAACUUAAAACCACCUGCUACCUCAGAAAGAAAGCUUCAACACUUCACUGCCUCUUUUGAAACACACUUGCAAUAAAAUCCAACCAAUCACCACGCAAUGAUAAGAAAAGGGUGAUUUGUAUGAUUUUAUUCGGGUCACAUACAGAAAAAUAGUAUAGGAGAGUAUAGUGUAGUCAAAUAAGCUAUACUUUUUUUUCAAAUACAUGUCUCUACUGUGUUUGAGAACACUAGAAACCUGUGAAAUAGAUUUUGCCUUUACAUCUAUUGGCCUUUAGAGGGCAGCACACUCCUCAGCUAUCACAUCAGUGACUUCAAAACAGCCAAGAUGAGCAUGAGUGGCUUUGAGUUUGUUUUUGUGUGUGUGUUUGUGUGUGUGUGUAGAUUUGUAGCAUCCUUGUCAUGAGCUUCCGCAGAUGUAUGAAGACUGCAAACUCACACGCAGAUAUUUGUAUUGAUUGUUUUCCUGUAUUUCUUGUCUUGGUGGUUCAGUUGUGCAUAUAUGUAAUUUAUUUGUACUAACGGAAGUGUUAAAUUGAUAAUGUACUGAUUGUUAUAAUGACUUUCCCACAUUUGAAGAUAAUCUUUUUUGUUGUUGUUUCCUUGAUAAUAUUUUUAGUUAUUAUUUUCGGCCUUAAAUGAAGCUUUCGUUGGACAUAUUCACAGAACUUAUACAUAAAUGAAUGCAGUCAGUGGUGUGGGGAUGAAUAUACUGUUAUACUAGUAAAAUGUAGGCAGCUUUUAGGUACCUUUGCAUCAGUGAAGGAUGUAAACAUCGGGAAUUCUGGGCUCCAAUGGGAAAAAAAAUCACUCAAUUGCAGAGCAGGCGCCCUUGGAAUUGCCCUAACUUUCCCUGCUAUACAGCACCCAUGGAUGGAAGUAUAAUCUUACAACUAAAUGUGCCUGUACGAAUGUCACGGCACAUUUCUUAUUGCCAGCAACUGUGAUGAGGAAUCACGGCCUCAUCUUAUUAAUGUGAUGACUUCCUGUUGCCACAAUGCCUUACAUGUUCCACAUCAUGCAGUUCACCAUUUCAUUGGAAGUGAUUUACAAACUCAUAAGUGUUUUUGGUCACAAGUCUUGUAUAUUGAUGUAUAUUUAAUAAAGUAAAGAGUCACAAUAUUGAAUAGUGAGGGUGUUGUGAAGCGCAAUGCCUGAAGGCAACACCUGCUUUCCAUCAGCGGCAAAAUUCUAAGAAUUUUCAGUGUAUCACUUAUUUUGUUUUCUCAGAUUAUUUUGUAUUUCAUGCUCAAAUUUCUAUGUUUAGAAAAUAACACUUGUUUCAUGUGACAAUAAAGUUAUAAUACAGCACUUCUACAUCUUGUAUUUUUG